AUGUCGCAACAAUUGAUAAAUGAACAAAGCAAAUACAUUUUAGACUUGUUUUCUGAGCAGACCAUUGAUUCACAAAGCUUAGACACGCUCUCUACACAAGUGCAGAAAAGGUUUCCGAAAUCUGAACAUUUUAACUUAUGUCUCCUGCUAUCCUCACUUGUUACCGGAGGAGACUUGUCCCUUCCUGGUCAGCGUGUAGUGGCUUUGGCAAUUCUUUUUGACAUAUACAAGCUGGAUAACCCUUUUGGUUCAUUGUUCCUACACCUUCUAGAGGGCAAGCCAGGUUUGCUUCCUCUUGCACCCCAGGAAAGAUUAUUUAUCGGACAGCUUUUUGGAUUUCUACCUGUGAACAUUAAAGAUAUAAUGAAGAAGUCUGCAAAGCAGGUGAUGCUAACAGAGGUUUCAUCAAAAGACCUGGAAUUCGACUAUUCUUCACUACAAAGUCUGGUUGCCGAGAGGGCUACUGAAACGAGCUCAGUGGCUAGAGCCACUGCACCCGCACUCAUUCCUUUAGGAGAUGGGGGUCCGCCCAACCGGAUGGCGAUGAAGGAGCUCCUCGAGGCGCUAAUGUCGAACGAUUACAUGCCGCUGCACCGGACCCUGAAGGCGGCCGGACCCAUACCUCCGCCCACCUUCAUGUUGGACCCCACCGAGAUAUCGUUCGCCGACGAGGGCGUCUGGAAGAAUCUGGUCAACAGGGGAGCUUACGUGCCUCUAUACGACACGGAAUGCGAGGGCCUGCUUGGUCUGAAGCCGCCAGAGAAGGCGCCGGAGCGUCGCGCCCCGCAACAACACAAGCCAAAGCAGGAGGAGAAGAAGGAGAAGAAAGAAGAGAAGGAGGAGAAGAAGACUGAGGAGAAGGACGCGCCAGGUCUAGUCGCGGAGGCGAAGGAGCUGACGCAGCUGGCCUUGAAGGGCGCCCUCAGCGUCCAGCACCAACAGCGGCUGCUGGCUCUACUGGACCAGGAACCGAACAUCGUCUACGAAAUCGGGGUCACGCCCUACCAGCUUCCAGAUCUCGUGGAGAACAACCCCAUGGUGGCGAUAUCGGUGCUUCUCAAACUGAUCCACUCGCAGCAUAUCACUGAGUAUUUCAGUGUCUUAGUCAAUAUGGAGAUGUCCCUGCACUCUAUGGAGGUCGUCAACAGGCUGACGACGUCCGUGGACCUGCCGGUGGAGUUCGUCCACCUGUACAUCAGCAACUGCAUCUCCACCUGCGAGACGAUCCGCGACCGCUACAUGCAGAACCGGCUCGUGCGGCUCGUCUGCGUCUUCCUGCAGUCCCUCAUCAGGAACAAGAUCAUCAACGUGAAGGAGCUGUUCAUCGAGGUGGAGGCGUUCUGCGUGGAGUUCAGCCGGAUCAGGGAGGCGGCGGCGCUGUUCCGGCUGCUGAAGCAGCUGGACUCCGGCGAGGGGACCCACAAAGAGUCCAAGGACAAC